UUUGUGUAAUCGUUUCAAAGACUUAUCGAUUGAAAACAAAGAUAUAGAUCGAGAACGCAAUUGAAAGUGACUGAGGAAUUUUUAUUCGAAUCUAGGAUUUUUGAUGCAGUGUUUAGACGUCUACAUUGGCUCAGUAAAUUGACGCGCACGUUCUACUGAGGUUCAUACGCGAAGGGUGGGUCUGAGGUCUGCGUGCGCGCAGGCUUGCAGUUUGGCGGGAACUACGGACGGGAAAACUUGCCUGCCAGUUUUAAAUUACUGGCACAUAAUAAUUAAUUUCAUUAAUCUAAUUUCGAAGAAUUUUUUUAAAGAAUAUUCAGAAUAUUUGAAAAUGACUACGCUGCUGAGGAAGAUGUGGAGGACCCAUUCCAAGCAUAAAAAACUCUGCGAGGAAUGGGCUCUUGCUGAAUGUGAAGGAGAAGGUUGGUGGCGAGAGGCCCGCGACUUAGGCCGCGGUCAGAGUGACGUGAGGUACGCGGGAGUGGCGCCUGUGGAACGAGCCGCGUCCGCGCCCGCUACCGCUUUAGCUGUGCGGUCUGCCUUACAUACAGCUAAAACAAUGAACAAGAAGCUGCAAAGGGUGAACUUGGACAUCAGCCCUAAAGGCAUCAUAGUGACGGACGCGGAAUCUCAAGAAAAUGUAAUCAGUCUUUCAAUAUACAGGAUCUCAUACUGCUCAGCGGACGCUGCGAACGCCCGUGUGUUUGCCGUGGUGGAAGGCAGAGGCGGCAGCGGGGCGGGCGAGACGCACGUCGCGCACGUGUUCGUGUGCGCGCGGCGGAAACAGGCGCGGGCGCUUGCGCUGUCAUUGGCGCACGCGUUCAAUGACGCCUAUCAGGAAUGGCAAGCGAAUCAAGGCAGUUCGUUACAUAACCCCAGUGGAAACAGAGUGAACCCAUGGGUACAAUUUGCGGAGGAGUCUGAUGAAGAAUUGGACGGUGAUGGCGAGCAAUGGGAUUCUCCGGCGCCACUCGUUACUUUCGCAUGAGCUUUAUCACUUUUUGUUAAGCUGAUUUAAAAAUUAGGUUACUUGUGAGCGUUUUUGAAGUAUGUGAAUUUAUUUAAAGUGUUAUAUGACUGUAUUAAUUAAGAUAUUACAUAAAAAAUGGUUUUAGGAUAAUUAUAAUGGUCGUAGAUUUUCUUUGCUAAUAAGGAAAAUAUAAUGGAAUAAGACACAAAACAAAAUAUUCCUUUACGUUUAAGUA